AUGGCGGCCACACCGUUCGUAAAAUAUGAUGACGGGGCCGUUCCCGAUGGAUUUGCAGCAAACUGCUUUCCUGUUCGAACAUUGCUCAGAAAUACGGACGAUGGAAGCGGAGCAUGGCUGAUUGCUCAAAGGGCCGAGCAGAGACGUCGCUUCAAGGCUGUUCUCUGUACAAAGCCACGUACAUACUCCAGGAUCAAAGGUGAAAGGAAGAGGGCUGAGAAACAGGGCACAGCUUUAGCCACCCAGAGCUUCAUUGAUGAUGAUGAGGAUGUGGAAGAGGCACCAGUGCUCGAUGGAUUUUUUUUGAUGAAACACUGCUGCGUAGAAGACCCAGUGGACUUGUGUUCUGUAAAUAUUGCAGGGAAGGAACUGACCGAAUAUAAAGAGGAGGACUUCCAGCUGUUUGACAAUGUUGCUUAUGUCAAUGCAGGAGAAAAUUACCUCCCUUUUGAGGCUUUUCGAGGAUUUCCAAUCAUAAGAGAACUUGAAGUCCCCCUGAACGCCAUCAGAAAUAUCAAACUGAAUCCUGGUGACUAUCCUCAUCUUGAAAUGGUGGAUAUGUCCUAUAACAAUCUAUCACAUGAUGACAUUCUGGUCCUGGGCACCCUACCUUCCCUGAAAGUGCUACACCUGACUGGUAACAACUUCCACUCUCUACCUACAGACAUGGCCAUCCCCUACAUUGACCCAGUCAGUAAAAGACAAGUACCAAGAUUCAAAAAUUUAGAAAUUUUAAUGUUGGAUGACAACAGAUUGGCUGAUGUGCGUGUGUUUGCUGCUUUGGCAGGUUUAAACAAACUGAGACAUUUGAAUCUGGAGAAGAAUGAAAUAUUUUAUGUACCACAACUAAAAUCAGUGGAGGGAACAAUGGUGGUCAAUGAAGAUGAGAAGGCCACAGAAAAGUUACGAAAGUCUGCUCAGAAGUCUGCUCGAAAGUCUGCUCGUACUCCUCAUUCUGGAAAGCAAACAGAACGAGAACAGGAGGUGUCGGUGGUUGUUGACCAACCAGAAGGUGAAAAAACUGAGAUGUCGAAAAUGGAUACAACACUGGCAUCUGAGUCAAUCUUAGCCCCAGCUAACACAUUGGACAUCAGGUCAGAGGUCAAAUCAAUGGAGGACCCAGUAAGCAAAAAACCAGAAACUAGUAAUUUAACAGAUCUCCUAGAGACAGAGUUUAGUGGGACAAUGGGAGACUUGUCAGCAAGGAUAAAAGAUCUGGACUUUACAGUGGCAUCACCACACAUUGUAGAUACAGCCAGAAAUGGUGCCCCAAAUAUAGAAAAAGAUGAGAAAGCACCGUCGUUUCCACCUUUUCCAGAGCUCAGAUACCUCAACCUUGCUAGAAACACUAUAGCAGAAGAGGAAGCCCUGCUGGCCGUGGCUGCAUGGCCAAUGUUGAUGGAGCUAGUCAUCCACUCGAAUCCACUCACCACUACCAAGAGUGGUGACCCACCACUUCUCUCACGUUUCCUACAUGAUAGGCUCGGAAUUAAACUCAUCCGCAAGAAACAAAAUGACAACAGCUUCAUAAAACCUAAAGUGGAAAUCACACAGAAGAAGUCACGCAAAGUGACAACUAUUGUACCAAAGAUCCCAAAGAUUCCUCUGGAGGAACGCUUGAUGUUGGAGGCCCCUAAACCUCCUCCAGGACCCAAACCUGACCAAACAAGACCAGGUCACAGUCAGGUGGUCAAUGCCCUUGACCUUCACAAUAAACCCCUAACACCUAUUCCAGGAACCCCAGAUUACCAACGACCAUAUUCUGCAGGGUCUGAACCGAAAUCUCAGGGCAGUAAAGAGGAGGUGAAUGAGACAAAGAAUGCCUGGGAGGACGAGAGCCACCCAGUAAUUGAAGAAGAAGAAGUAAAGGAAGAGGACAGAGGAGGCUCGGCUUUCUUUAUGACACAGGUGGAUGAACAGGAAGGGGAGGUAGCCCAGAAAGAAUCCAACAAGAAGGUGAAGAAGGAAAAGAAACACAGAAAAAAGAAGGAGAAGACAAAGGAGAAAGUAGAUGAUCGUUACAAAGGGUAUGAGAUCCUGCUUGACUGUGAAGAGGACCCAGAAUUUAUAGCACCAAAAGACAUGCAAGGUAACGUGCGGGCAUUGAAGUAUGCCCUGAACCAUGAGUUGGUAUACCGAGAUCCAGCUGUUCACCUCAACAAAGUCACUCGCCAUAUUGAACCCUAUAAGAAGUGGACAUUGCCUGAACUGACACCUCGCCGUACCAAACCGGAAGAGAUCGGUGAAACCCUGGACUUUAUUAGGACACGUCGCACAGUAGAAGAAUCUAAUUUGGGCGAGGUUCUUACGACUCGUCGUAAACCACCAAGUGAAUUGGCCGAGGCUCAGAAACUGCUAGGGGAGAUUCAACGUCGAUACAAUGCUGUGAGAGUCAAUUCUAUGAAAGAAGCAAAGGAAGCAAGAACUGUGAUCAGCGGACUUCAGGAUGUUCAUGGUGUGAAAAAGGAUGCACAUGUCACUAUAUCUUAGCUAGUCUAGUGUAAAAUCAUGAGACUAUGAACCAUGCAAUAUCAAAAUGUUAUGUUAUACAAUCACAUUGAACUCACAGUUUGUGUCAGUGUUGGAAAACUAAACACAAAAUCAUACUGUACAGAUCACUGUGGGCGUUGUGUCAUGCUAAUGUAGGUUUAAACAGUACACUUAUCAAUCCACAACGAUGAUCUGUGUUAUUUAUGAGAACAGUUCCAUUCCAAUGGAAGAAUGAUUCUUAUGUAUGGUGUGUUUUAUAUACAACAACCUGGCAAUAUCUUUGGCUGCCAAAAAGAACCUGACAUUGCACAUGUAUUUUCUCAGAGGCUCAAAAAUGAUUCAGACAAAGUACAUCAACUGUCAAAUUUUUUUCACAAGAAAGAUGGAUUUAUAUAAAACGUGACAAUUUUAGAAAAAGAAAGCAUUACUGAAAUUGAAUGUAAAGUCUUCCUUUCUACUGUUUCUUCUGUGACUUCAAAAACUAGACUAUUCAAUA